AUGGCGUUUGUUAAGUCCUCAACUUGCCCGAUUAUCGGGAACAACCAAACGGGUAGUAGUUUUUGGAAGGCGACAACGGAAAGAUUUAACGGGCUUAUGGAGCAAGGCCCAUUGCGUGAUCUCGAUUCCGUCUCGGGCAAGUGGCGUAAAAUGAGCAAGGCCAUCAAUACCUUUAGCGGGUGUUAUAACCAAAUUUACACUAAUCCUCCUAGUGGGAGUAACGACGAGGACAUACUUAACCUUGCUUUUGUGAUUAAAGAUGUCAAACAACGGUGGUGGAAAGCAGAGUAUGCAAGAUGGGAAAUUGGAAAAUUAGAUGAACCUUUCAAAGAAGCCCAGAGAGCCAAACGAUGGAAUGAAGAAUUGGAAUGUUACAUGGAUCCACGGGGUAAUCCGGUUGUUGACCCUUCAAAAGUGGAUUUCAAAGCUGUAACAAAUUUGCUUCCAAGGCAAGCUACUUUCAACACACGAAGAUUAUCUGAUAAAGAGUAUUUGCCUGAUUUGGAGAAGAAGAUAAGAGAGACUGCUGCUGAAGAAGAACAGAAAACUGAAGAGAAACAGAUUGCUGAAGAGGGACAGAAAGUUGAAGAAGAACAGAAGAUCGAGGAAGCACUUAAAGAAGGAAAAGAGGAGAAAACAGUGGAAGACCAGAAAGCUGAGACAGAAGAAUUGGUGCUUGAAGAGCCUGAAGUAAGAAAAUCUUCUGACUUAUUGAAUGUUGGUUUAAUUGAUGAAAAAGAAAACAAAUGUGUUGCCCGUUCACGAAUUGGAACGUCCCACCGGAAGGGACAAAGCAAAAAAAGAGGCAGCUGGAAAGCGAAAGGGGGUGGCUCGAGUGGAGGGGGCGGCUCGGGGGCGGGUUCGAAAAUGGACGAGUUGAUAUCCGAAUUCCGUUCGUUCAAAGAGCUCGCGGCCGAAAAAUAUAGUUACAAGAAAACCUUGUCGGCCGACUAUGCUCGAGCGGAGGAUUUUAGGAUUAUUAGGUUGGAUCUCAACUCGGUUCCGGAGGAUGAACGCGAGGUUUAUCGGAGGAUGAAAGAGGAGGUUAAGAAAAAAUGGACAUCGUAG